UUUUCUUGUUCUUUUUAACUCUUUGUUUCGAGAACAACUUUAAUAAUGGCUGCAAAAAGAAAAGUGAAUCGCUCGACACCUGCCAAUGCUGCUGCAACGAAAAAGGCCAAAGUCGAGAAACCUGCAACAACAACGAUCGAUGAGAUCGAAGACGACGACCAAGAUCUUAUGGCUGCUUCUGCCAAUUACAUUGACGACGAUGACGACGAUGAAGGUGACGAUGACGAUUGGGAAGAACAAACAGACGAAGAUGGAUCAGACAGUGACGAAGACGCAACAGGUGAGGGCGAGUCUAAGAAAAAGCGCAACAAAACCGACCAUGACGACGACGCUGUCGCUGGUGGUGAAUUAGAAGGAUUGAAGGAAACGGCUGAAUUGUACAAGUCGAAUAUCUUCAAACUGGAGAUUGAUGAACUUUUGCAAGAAGUCAGCGUCGACUACGACAAGCACAAAAAAUUGAUGAACGCUCUUCAUCAACUCAAAACGAUCUUUGAAAAUAUACCAGAAGGAAAAGAAGAGCUUGUCAAUGAUUAUAUCAUAAAGAUGGGCAAAAAGCAAAAGGUGACAGCACCUAUCUUGCAGGCACCUCCUUUCAAAGACGCAUUGUACAAAUUCAAGUUUGAAAAGCCUGCAUCUGUCAAAGUGGUAGGAAGCUAUGCUCUCAAGACCGUCACGAAGCUGAAGCGUCCUUUCAAUGUUGACGUUGCCGUUGAAAUGCCCUCGAGCAUCUUUCAAGAAAAAGAUUAUACCAACAACCGUUACUUUUACAAACGAGCAUGCUACCUCGCAACGUUAGCCCAUGCAAUCCAAAAAUCCAAAAAGAACUUUCAAGUGGAAUUCAGCACAUUCAAUGGUGAUGCCCACCGUCCUAUUCUUAUUGUGAAACCUGCUGGCGACAAGAGCGAUGUCGAUUUUUCGAAAACAAAAUGCACCAUCCGUAUCCUUCCAUCCAUUUCGCAAGAUCUCUUCCCACCUUAUCGUCUCGCUCCUAACCGCAAUAAUAUUCGACAUGCCAACGACGACACCUCCACCACCACAUUGGCAGAUUCACCAACACCACAAUACAAUGCUUCCAUCUUGAUGGAUACAACAUUCUCCUCCAGUCUAGCGUUCUUGUACGAGCACAGUAAAAGUUGUGCUGCCUUUAAGGAUGCCAUCAUGCUUGCUCGGACUUGGCUGUAUCAGCGAGAAUUAGAGUCGAAUCGUACUGGCUCUGGAUUUAGCGCAUUUUUAUUUGCCAUGGUGAUGGGCUAUUUGUUGCAAGGUGGUCUUGCUGAAGGUGGUCGCAAGUUGUCAACAGGUCACAGUUCGUACCAGUUACUGCGAGGAACCAUGGACUUUUUGAGCACCCACGAUUUUGAAAAGAACCCAGUGAUGAUUGGAAAAUCAGACCACCCAGAUUUUGCCGUCCAUCAUUUCCAAGAAAACUACCCGGUCACCAUCGUUGAUCCUUCCGGCACAGUCAACCUGGCAGCCAACUUGAGCAAGUCUGGCCUUGCUCAGGUACAGUACGAAGCUAAGCUCGCCAUGGCUGCAUUCAACGACACCGUCGAUCGAUUCGAUACACUCUUCCUCCGCAGCGUCAAUGACAUCAAGACAAGAUUCGACAACGCCUUUACCAUUCCUGUCCCAGAAGCACUCAAAAGCUAUGAUGAUGUUGCCAAAUCCGAACAUCCUUUGCACAUUGACUUUUUCGCCAAAUCCGUAUACGACGUGUUGAAGCGUGGUUUGACCAACCGUGCUGAAUUGGUCGCUGUUCAAUAUGAUGCAGAACUGGCAUGGGGUACCAAUGAUGUGGCAUCAUCUUCACCUUCCCAUAUCAAAAUCGGACUUGUGCUCAACGCCGAUUACUCGCCGCGCAUCGUGGAUCAAGGUCCUGACGCUCAACAGAAAGAAGCAUGCGACGCGUUCCGAGCAUUCUGGGGCGAUAAGGCCGAAUUGCGUCGUUUCAAGGAUGGCAGUAUUGUCGAGAGUGUUGUAUGGGAAGUGCAAGGAUACGAGAAUCGUACGUUGAUUGUCAAGUACAUCGUGCAGCAUUUGCUCCAACAUCAUUUCCACACCGAGCCAGAGCUUGUUUGGACGGGUCAGCAAGUGUAUCCAUACUUGCACUUAUCGAAACAUGUCCCAGCCAGCCUUUUCAGUCGUCAGCUCGAAAUCAGCGGAUUCCAGCCUGUCAUGACUGCCUACAAUCAAUUUGCAAAGUCGCUUCGUGACGUCGAUACAAACUUGCCUCUCUUGAUCAGCAACGUGUAUCCUGCUUCUUCCGGAUUACGAUACACGUCCGCUUGUUUGCCUCAUCCUAUCGAUUUCGAUCUUGCUGCCAGCUAUCCAACAACAGCACGCUACAUUGAUGCCAUGGACGUCAUUGUACAGCUCGAACGAUCCACCAAGUGGCCCGAUGAUCUCGCUGCACUCCAAAAAGUGAAGUAUGCGUUCUACUUGAAGAUUGCUCAAGAGUUGAAGUCCCGUCUCGGUACAGAAUCGAUCGUGGUGAGUCCGUUGACGGAUCCAGAGAACAACAAUGAGAACAAGCUGCUCGCCCAAGGGUAUAUUGACGUGUUCUACUACGGGUACAUUUUCCGCUGUCAUUUGCACGUGCCUCAAGAAAGCGAUGCCCUCAAAAACACCAUCACUGACAAGAAAAGUACCGACGUAAAAUUAAAGGCCCAUGCUCAGGAAGCUUUACGGGUACACGAAUUACGCUUCCAUUACCAACAACGACACACAUUUUACAUCCAGGCAGUGUGCGUCAAGUUCCCUGCGUACUCUGCCACUGUACGCCUCAUGAAGCGAUGGUUUGGCGCUCAUUUGUUAUCCUUGCAAAUCUCGGAGGAGCUGAUUGAAUUAAUAUGUGCCCAUGUAUUCUUGGAGGCCCAUCCAUGGCAGCCUCCUGUCAAUGCAAUUACCGGUAUGGCCCGUGUUCUUGGGCUAUUGGCCACUUGGGACUGGCGCAAGACACCCUUGGUGGUCGAUAUCGAGGGCGAGCUGACAGAAGCCGACCGCGACACUAUCUCACAACGAUUCACAAAAAAGAGCGCACACGCUACCCUGGUUGUGGCUACGGCAAAGGAUUUGGAUGGCUUAAGGUGGUCCAGUCCCAAACCCAACAAGGCUGUGGCUGCACGUGUACAGAUGCUGGCACGAGCAUCAGUUGCUGCAUUGGACCAGGCAAUCCAAUCAGGCCAAGACAAGGAUAUCAAGAGUUUGUUUGUUACACCCAUGCAAGAUUAUCAUGCAGUAAUUCAAUUGAAAACCGAUCGAUGCACACGCUACUACCAGAACUUACGCCCUCAGCACAAGCUUUUGGAAUCUGAAGAGGAUCCCAUCUUGGGCGACACUGUACAUGCAAAGUUCAAUCCUGUGGCUGAAUAUAUCAGCGAACUCGAGCGUAUAUACGGUGACAUUGUCCUGUUGUUCCAUGACCAAUUUGGUGGUGACAAGAUCGGUAUUGUCUGGAAUCCAAUGACAGCUGCACCCAAACAAUGGAAAGUCAAUCUUGGUUACAACAGCAUCCCUGUUGAUAUGAACCAGGAUGGAUAUUUGGAACCGGCUAAAGGAAAGAAAGAGAUAUCCAAACUAGUGAAACCCAACUUUGAAGCCAUCGUGCGGGAGAUGGAACGUCUCGGCACUGGCAUCGUAGAAAGCAUUCAGUUAUCAUCAUCAUCAUCAUAAUUACAUUCAGCAAACACACAAAAAAAAAGUACAUGAUCAUUUCCCCAGUUCAAUUUCCAUUAAUGUAAAACCUUCUAUAAUUAAAAGUUUAAAGUUCUGUAUUGUCUU